UGAAAUGGUGCGUGCGGCAUGGGGGAAUCCUGGGACAGCCUGCGCUUUCAUCCUUGCAUUUCCGCUACGGGUGGUUGCGCAGGGGCAGCCCAUCGUUGUCAAUCUUGGUCCUUUGAUGGGCAGCUCCGAUCUUGGACUGGCCCUUCGGGAUCUCCCGGAGGAGAAGGGAUCUCUGGAGCCAAAUCCGCUAGAUGUCUUUGAAGACCAGGAACAGUUUUUCCGCGGAUUGCUGGACCAUUUUGGCGCGCACAUGCUUCCAGCGAUGCAGUCUGGAAGUCGAGGUUUCCAAACAGAAGUCAAAGGAGAUCACUUCAGACUUCGUGGCUCUCUUCCAGGCUACAGCAUGCACAGGAGCAGCAACGGGGAUGAACCCUUGAAUGUGCAAGUUGCUGGGCGCACGCUGGUGGUGCAGGGUUCCAAGAGCACGGGCAACAUGAUGACCAGUUUUCAACGUAGCUUUCCGCUUCCGUGGGAACCAGAUCCUGAACAUGUCGCCGUCACCUAUGGAGCUCAGGAUGGUUCUUUGCUCGUAGACGUUGCUAAAAAGCCAGGCUCGCCAGACGCAAGCUCAGAGCAGAAUGAGCAGAGGCUUGCAUCUUCAGCUCUCGCAGAUGACAUAGAUGACCCGCUGGCUUUUCUGGGAUCGCCUCAAAUGACUAUGUCCUUCUCAGAUUUGGGUCGUGGAAGAUCAGACCGGAGAAGCCGCGGCAGUCUCAGAGGAUUGCCAAUGAUCGUGGGCCUUUCAAAUCAGAAAGCUGUUCUUUUCCAGGAUCCGUUCGAGCAGUUCUGGAAUGAAAUGGACCCGCAAAUCAUGAUUGCUACUCCAGUUGGUGAAGAUGUGAGACCUUCCGAGACGUCCGACGCAGUACCACCCAAACCCACAAUUGAGACCGCCAAAACCACAAGCUUCUCCAGCGAGCUUUUGUCUCCGGUGGUCGUGCAGCCUAAGAACGCCAAACCAUUUUGGCGCUUGUCCUCCUCUGAACCUCAGCGGGCUCAAUACAUUGACAUUGUGAGUCCUCCAGGUGUUGAACUUGGAAAGAUCCAAGGCACUUUUGUCGAGUACGUGCAGACCAGAGCAGGAGACAGAAAACCUGAAAGACUGGAGUUGCCGAUUUCUGUGCGCCCAGAGGACUGCAUGCAGAAUCACAUGAGCUCGCAGGAGCACGUCCUUCGCUGCCACACGCACGAAACAGUGAAAAACCUUCACAUCAACGUUAUUGACGAACUCUGAUGCCAAAGACCGGAGCCGCGUGAUCCCAAAA